GUGUUAGAUACUGGAUGUAUGAGACGGCUUAAUGGGCCUGAAGGACCAUCUGGAGGAUGAAACAGGCCACAUCCUCAACCUGGGGCUGGAUUUGGACUACCUCCACGUGGAAGGCAGCGACCGCCAGGCCAGCUUGAGUGCCACAGUUGGCACCCACUCAGGAGCCUUGGAGGGGGACGAGACGGAGGUAGGAGGCACCCAUAGCAGUGUCAGUAGUAGCAGCAUCAGCAGUAGUAGUAGUUGUAGUAACUCCUCUGAAGAGAGUGCUGCGUCGGACAGCGAGGAUGAACGAGGGGUGCAACAUGGCUCUGGUUCUGACGCUCAGACCACCCACCCACACCCCUGUCACCCUGCUGGGCAGGGCCCGGCACAGAGCCCCCAUUCUAGAGACCCAAAACACUCCACCAACCCCUUCACAGUGUAUCGCUCCAAGAUGGAGUUUGCCCUGAAGCUGGGCUAUUCUGAGGAGCUGGUUCUGCUGGUUGUGCGUAAGCUAGGGCCCGACGCCCUCAUCAAUGACAUACUGGGAGAACUGGUCAAACUGGGCACCAAGUCAGAAAUGGAUCAGGCUGGGGGGUCAGCCACCUCCCACUCGCCCUCCUCCUCCUCCUUAUCCUCCUCCUCUCUGGACUCCUGCAGGCUGGACUGCUCCUCCCAGCUGAUUUUGGAUGACAAGGAGAACAUCAGGCCUGUGGUGGUGGAUGGGAGUAAUGUAGCCAUGAGCCACGGGAAUAAGGAAGUGUUCUCCUGUCACGGCAUCCAGCUGGCUGUUGAUUGGUUCCUUGAGCGCGGUCACCGUGACAUCACUGUGUUUGUGCCCGCCUGGAGAAAGGAACAGUCCAGACCGGACACCCUCAUCACAGACCAGGAGAUAUUGCGGCAUCUGGAGAAAGACAAGAUCCUUGUGUUCACUCCCUCUCGUCGGGUCCAGGGCCGCCGGGUGGUCUGCUACGACGACCGCUUCAUCGUCAAGCUGGCCUACGAGUCCGACGGCAUAAUCGUCUCUAACGACAACUACCGGGACCUGGCCAAUGAGAAGCCAGAGUGGAAGAAGUUCAUUGAUGAGCGGUUGCUCAUGUAUACGUUCGUCAAUGACAAGUUCAUGCCUCCUGAUGAUCCUCUGGGUCGCCAUGGUCCCAGUCUGGAGAACUUCCUGAGGAAGAGACCAGUUAUCCCAGAACACAGGAAGCAGCAAUGUCCCUAUGGGAAGAAGUGCACUUACGGCCAAAAGUGUAAGUUCUUCCACCCUGAGAGAGGCAGUCAGCCCCAACGCGCUGUGGCCGACGAGCUGCGUGCCAAGAACUCCUCUUCAUCCUCUACCUCUUCCUCCAAAAUGGUGGGCGAGGCUCUGAUGGUGAAGAGUCACAGCAUGUCCAGCAGCUCCAGGGUAGACGGGAUCCCAGACCCCCACCAAGCUCCCUCAAGGAGACAGUCGGACCCCAGCCUUUGCGCACCCUCCUACAACGACCUCCUGGAAGAGCGUCUGGGCAGGAGGACUAAAGCAGAGGCCCGCAGAGGGAGUAGCAGCAGCAGUAGCAGCAGCAGCAGCCUCCUGGCUUCUGCUCCUGGGGGACCUCCUUCCAGCCACGGCUUCUCUCUUCAGGACUUUGGGAACACCUCCUCCAAAGCUCCAGGGCUGUCGGGGCUUGGUCACUCAAAGUCAUACUCCACCUGUGAAUCCCCGGAGCUAAGCUACCACUCCCUGAUGGGGGCUUACUCCAGCCUAAGCCUGGUAGUGCCGCGGAGCCCCGAUCGGCUGUUCCCAGCUGACCUACGGACGGGCUCAAUGGUGUCUGACUGCAGCAGCGAGGGCAGCGUGAGCUCAGACUCCUUCUCCCCUGAUCCCCUGCUGGAUGACAGCCUCAAGUGCCACUAUCCCCACCCCCAUCACCACCACCAUCACUGCCCUAGCUGCUACCCACAUCACCCCAACCACCCACCCCCUGGUUUGACCCAGCACCCCCAUGGAGGCUCCCACCAUGGCUACCCUCUAGCUCAGAGCAGCCUGGAGGAUCCUCCCUCCUCCCUCCACCACUUCAAGGCCCAGCUCUCCUACCUUCCUCCCCAUAUUCAGCAACCGUCUGUGGGGAGCCACUCUGGCUGUUCUGGGAACUACCCCCCCCAACCUCUAUCCCAGACCUCAAGCCCCCACUCCCACUCUCACAGCUCUCCUCUGGGGCAUAACCUGGGGGGCUCCACCUGGCAGGACAACAACAGCCUCUACAAGCAAUCCCCUGUCCACCCAAGGAGGAUCUACCCUGGGCCAGGACAGGAGCAGCGACUGGCCAGAUGGGACCUCCACUACAAGCAUCUCCCCCAGGCCUGCUACGAGCCUUUCACUUUCCAGUCCCUGCCUGAGGGCCGCAAACAACCCUGGCACUCACCCUGGCCCAGGGGGACACACUCUCCCCAUCCUCAAUCCCUUUCCUCCUCCCAUCUUCCACCUCUUACCCACCACUCUACGGCCCCCCAGCACCAGGAGCCCCCUGCCCUGGGCAGAUACCAGAACGUGAGGGAGAAUGUGUUUGUCAACCUGUGUAACAUCUUCCCCCCAGAGCUAGUGAGGGUGGUGAUGGUGAGGAACCCCCAUGUGAUGGACGCCCAGCAGCUGGCUGCAGCCAUCCUGGCUGAGAAGUCCCAGGCUGGCUACUGAGUACUGGCUCUACUGUAGCAGAGGAAAUAAGUGGGGUGCUCAACUCUAUAGUCUCCCCAAAACAUCUACGAUGCAGGGGAAGAUGCUUUAUCUUUUUCCAUCAAAUAUUAUUUUUUUCAACCUUAUUGGUUUUUUUUCACUGCCCUGCUCGUUCAUUACUGUUGUGUGUUAUGAGAACUCCUUCAGCACUUAAGGUCAGGAUUCCGGAGAUUCUGAAUGGGAUGUGUUGCUUUAAUUUAUUUAUUUUGUAAUAUAUUUUAAAUUAUUUCUAUAGCUUUUCAUAUUUUU